GCGGGGACUCAGCUAGGGAGACGGCCGGACUUGGGUCGGGUCAGCCCUUCGGUGACGCCAGGCGGUCAAACAGAGCCACCAUGGGGACAACAGCCCCAGGGCCCAUCCACCUGCUGGAGCUGUGUGACCAGAAGCUCCUGGAGUUUUUCUGCAAUGUGGACAAUAAGGACUUGGUGUGGCUCAGGGAGAUCCAGGAGGAGGCCGAGCGCAUGUUCACCAGAGAAUUCAGCAAAGAGCCAGAGCUGAUGCCCAAAACACCUUCUCAGAAGAACCGACGGAAGAAGAGACGGGUUUCUCAUGUUCAGGAUGAAAACAGAGACCCCAUCAGGAAAAGGUUAUCCCGCAGAAAGACUCGGAGCAGCCAGCUGAGCUCGCGGCACCUCCGCAGCAAGGACAAGCUGGAGAAACUGGCCACCGUUGGGGGAGAGAACGGCUCCAUCCUGCGGCGGGUGACCCGUGCUGCGGCCGCAGCUGCAGCAGCCACCACGCUGUCAACUGCUCCUUUGCUCACCCCUGAGUCUCCCACAGUGUUGACCAAGAAGCCCGAGAACAGCGUUACCCAGUGCCAGCAGGUGCCCAUGGUGAUAAUAGGUGCUGGUGAGCGCCAGACUGCCGAGCUGCACCUUGCCCAGCUCAAGCCUGCCCCAGCUCCAUCUGAGGCUCCAGCCACAGCUCCAGCCUCCCAGAGUGUCCUGACAUCAGACAAGGAAUCAACACCCAAGAAGCCAGAGGCCGGGAGGCUGGAGUCUGUCACAGUGAGCUCCCUGAUGUCUACACCCCAUGACCCCAAGGGUCGAGGGGUCGGGACAGGACGGUCUGCCUCCAAGCUCAGGAUUGCGCAGGUCUCCCCAGGCCCACAAGACUCGCCUGGCUUUCCAGACUCUCCGUGGCGGGAGCGAGUGCUGGCUCCCAUCCUGCCAGAUAACUUCUCCACGUCCACGGGCUCUGGCGCCAACGUGCGCUCCGUGCGGCGCAGCCUGAUUGCCCCGUCCUCCCCAGGACCCCAAGUCUCACUGUCCCAAAAGUACCCCCUGGUGGCCAAAGAAGAAAGCACUGUCCUCAGGGCAAGCGGAAGGAUUGCUGAGAAGACUACCCAGGAGCCGGCUGCCUCUGCCCGCAUCAUCUGUCACAGUUACCUGGAGAGGCUCCUGAAUGUUGAGGUGCCUCAGAAAGUCUGCCCUGAGCAGGAGGAGCCCUGCAAGGAGGCUGAGCCCAUGCAGGCAGCUGAACCAGAGGUCCCCAAGAACGAUGGGAGUACCUCAUGGCCCCACAGGGUCAGCAGUAUUGCCAUUAGUACACCCAAUUCCAGGCCUGCCGCUGGUGGCCAGGAAACACCCCCUGGGAGGCAGCAAGAAGCCAAGACUGACCAAGCAGUUGCGCCCAAAGAGCCACCUCAUAGCAUCAGGAGGAAGCGUAGCUACAAGCAGGCAAUGAGCGAGCUGGAUGAGGAGCAGCACUUGGAGGAUGAGGAGCUGCAGCCCCCCAGGAGCAAGAGCAAGACCCCUUCCCCGCCCUGUCCAGCCAGCAAGGUGGUACGGCCCCUCCGGACUUUUCUGCACACGGUGCAGAGGAACCAGAUGCUCAUGACCCCGACCUCAGCCCCCCGUGGCAGCGUCAUGAAGUCCUUCAUCAAACGCAACACUCCCCUGCGCAUGGACCCCAAGGAGAAGGAGCGGCAGCGCCUGGAGAACCUGCGGCGCAAGGAGGAGGCGGAGCAGCUGCGCAGGCAAAAGGUGGAGGAGGACAAGCGGAGGCGGCUGGAGGAGGUGAAGCUGAAGCGGGAAGAGCGCCUCCGCAAGGUGCUGCAGGCCCGCGAGCGGGUGGAACAGAUGAAGGAGGAGAAGAAGAAGCAGAUCGAGCAGAAGUUUGCUCAGAUCGACGAGAAGACCGAGAAGGCCAAGGAGGAGCGGCUGGCAGAAGAGAAGGCCAAGAAAAAGGCAGCGGCCAAGAAGAUGGAGGAGGUGGAGGCGCGCAGGAAGCAGGAGGAGGAGGCUCGCAGACUCAGGUGGCUGCAACAGGAGGAGGAAGAGCGGCGGCACCAAGAGCUGCUGCAGAAGAAGAAGGAGGAGGAGCAGGAGCGGCUGCGGAAGGCGGCCGAGGCCAAGCGGCUGGCUGAGCAGCGCGAGCAGGAGCGGCAGAUGGCAGAGCAGGAGCGCAGGAAGGAGCAGGAGCGGCUGCAGGCUGAGAGGGAGCUGCAGGAGAGGGAGAAGGCCCUGCGGCUGCAGAAGGAGCGGCUGCAGAAGGAACUGGAAGAGAAGAAGAAGGAAGAGCAGCAGCGUCUGGCUGAGCAGCAGCUGCAGGAGGAGAAGGAAAAGAAAGCCAAGGAGACUGCAGGGGCCAGCAAAGGCCUCAAUGUGACUGUGGAUGCGCAGUCUCCGGCUUGUACCUCCUAUCAAAUGACUCCACAAGGACACAGGGCUCCCCCCAAGAUCAACCCGGAUAACUAUGGGAUGGAUCUGAAUAGUGAUGAUUCCACCGAUGACGAGGCCCAUCCCCGGAAGCCCAUCCCCACCUGGGCCAGAGGCACCCAGCUCAGCCAGGCCAUCAUCCACCAGUACUACCAUCCCCCGAACCUUCCGGAGCUCUUUGGAACCAUUCUCCCACUGGACUUGCAGGACAUCUUCAAGAAGAGCAAACCCCGCUACCACAAGCGCACCAGCUCUGCCGUCUGGAACUCUCCACCCCUGCAGGGCUCCAGGGUCCCUGGCAGCCUGGCCUACAGCCUGAAGAAGCACUGAGGCAGGCCCCUGGCCUUCUCGGCAAUCUUAGCUCCCAUCUAUGUCUAUCUCUCUUCUCUGUGUUGGUCUAGUGCUCUCCUGCCUGGCAUGCCAUCUCUGAGGGCUUGAUCUGGUGUAUAUAAAUGUGUUCUGUGUGCUGGGUAUUUCUGCUACAGGUAGAAGGUGGCCCCCGGCCUGUUUGGAGGAUGGUCUUGGUGGGUGACUGGGGAAGAACCAGGGCCAGCCCUACCUGGCCGCAGGCAGAACUCUGUAAAUAGGUUGUUUUAAUUCAGUUGAAUUUUAGCCAGUAGUGUUUGAGAGCUAGAUUAAUAAAGUAUGUUCCUUCAGCCUUCUGUGGAUAUCAUGAAGACUGGGGGCCUUGGCAUAAGGACCUGGCCCCUGGCCCUGCAGCCAGGUGUCUCAGGCCACCACUGGGCUGUAGGAGCAAUGCACUGUUCCUUCACCUUCGGUGUGCGUCAAGAUACCUGAUGUAGGGGCCACCCUCAGAGAUGCUGAUGCAGUGGGUGGUUCUGAUGCUUGGACAACCCCCAAGAAACACUUCCAUUACUUUCCUGAUGGGGCAGGUGACGUGCUUCCUGUUUUUCUGAGGUGCUUGUUCAUUCGGAAGGACCUGGGUCUUGACACAGCUCUGCCACUUGUUCCUCAGCCUCUUCACUCCUCAGGCUCCAUCUUGCUGCGUGGGUGGUGAAUGGAAUGUACUUGAGAAAGUGUAUCUGCUGCUGCAUCGUGAGAUCUGAUUAGACAAGGGAUGUGCCUUGAAACCACCUUGGGAGCUGUGCUUGCAAGCAGCGAUAUUUCCCCAACAAAACCAUUCACCCACUAAUGAGUGCUUAGCGCCAGUGAAAGGAGGCCCUGGUCCUGCCCUGCUAGCUGCCUGCUGUGUUCUGUGCAUACAGUUUGCUGCUCUGGCCCCUCACAUGGGUUGGUAAACUAUCCUUGUUGGCCAAAUCAAGCCACGUCAGAUUUUUAAAGUUUUAUUUGACACACCCAGUACAACUGCCCAUAUGUUUACCUUUUGUCUCCAGCUGCUCUGCUUUGAGGGCAGAGUUAGGUCAUGCCACAGAGUUCUGUGGCCAGACAACCUGAAAAUAUUUACUAUCUGAACCUUUACAGAAAAAGUUUGCCAACCCCUGCUUUAGGACAAAAUAAAAGCUAAGUACGGAGUGUUAAAAGACGAGGAAAUAGUGAACAUAAUAGACUGAAGUCCAGAAGAUUGUACCCAUGCAAAGAAAAACGUUCAUUCAAGUAUAGUUCCACAAUUGUAAUUUGUUCCAUAUGUUCUCUGACU